AUGACUGCUUUACUUCUUUUUGGCUUUCUGAUUACAGCGUUGUCUCAGCAGAUAAAUACCGAACAAAUUCCCUUCGAUACAAUAGUGAUCUUUGGUGACUCACAUUCGGACACGGGUAAUGUUUAUAAAUUGACAGAUCAAAUUUGGCCUCGUCCUCCAUAUUUUCAAGGCCGAUUUUCAAAUGGUCUCAUUUGGGUUGACAAAUUGAGUGUAACAAACAUUAUGAAUUAUGCAUAUGGUGCGGCCACAACCGACAACAGUUUGGUUCAAAGUAUCGCAUGGUCGCCAGUGAUGCCUACACCUGGUGUUCGUCAACAAAUUGCGAUCUAUGCGAAAGAUUCUAAUAUAAUCACAAGCAAUUUGAACCGUACACUCUUUAUCAUUUGGGUUGGUAGUAACGAUUUCGCUUAUAAUAGAACAAUGCAUCCAUCGUUAGUUGUUGCAAGUUUGUCUAAUGCAAUCAGUGAUCUACUGAAGUUUAAUAUUAAACAUAUCUUAGUUUUCAAUUUGCUACCUCUUCAUUUAAUGCCGAAUAUUCAUGCAUUUAACCAAGAAUCCUAUUACAGUGCUAUGGUACUUGAAUUCAAUAAUAAUCUUUCAAAGGAAAUUGCUUCGAUGCAAGCUACCAACCCAUACGUUUCUCUACGUAUAUUCAACAUUCACUCGCUCGUCUCAAAAAUUAUCAACAAUCCAAUCAUGUAUUCAUUUGACAACAAUGAAGAUGUAUGUUGGAAUGCAUCCAUCGAUAAUAUAGUGAUACUCUGUAGCGAUCCAAAAUCUUACAUUUUUAUUGACGAGUAUCAUUUCACAAGUCAUAUGCAUGAACUUUUUGCUGAUGCCGUCCGUAAAUUUAUAUCAUCAUCCUCAGCAUCAUCAUUUAGAACGAGCGUUAUUUUCGAGUUCAUUCUUCUAUUUCUAUUCUGGAUGCGUUUUUAUCACUAUAGUUGUUAA